ACUACGACAGCACUGAGUACACUCUCUGCAGCUGGCGUCAGUGAGGGAGGAGGAAAGUAGAGAGGCACACAGUGUCCGUGUUGGAGAAGGAGGGGGAGGAGUAGAAAGAAAUCUAGAGGUAGAAGAGCUCGGGCUCAUUAGCACCACGUAGAGCUGCAAUCGGGGCCAGAAGAAUGUAGAGAGAGGAGAAUGCUGCUGCUGGAGCAGCUUGAUCUAUGGGUAAGACUGCAGGCGUCCUCAGGGAACUAAACAAUUCAUUCCACUGCAAGGACAAAGAGUAGCAAUGAAAUGUCCUCUGUAUGCUGAGUAAGCAGAAGCUCAGCUUCAAACCUUCAUCAGCUUUUUCACAGAGGAGAUAUAUGUCUUUUGAUCCAGCAGAUGGGAUUAAUCUGCUCCUCUUUUUUUUUCUGCAGGUGAUGGGGAUAUGACAUGGAUAUGAUUACUCUAGACUGCAGAUACACUGACAGUGUGGUAACGUGUACCUCGGGGAAGAUGUAUGCCUUCUACUCUCUGCUGGUCUACAUCUUCUACACUGUUUUUAAGAAGGAAGAGGACACUGCACUUGAUGGGGCAUGUGGAGAGACCACAGAGGAGCCUGGACAUGUUUCCAUGGAAACAGGGAGCAGGAGGAAAGGUAGCCACACCCCCAAGUUGAGAAAAAGGCAGUGUGACAGAAUCAGUGAUUCAAGCAGCAGCAGCAGUGACAGCGAUGAACUGUCUCUCAGUGAUGAAGAUGGCGACAUUGAUGACAGUUAUACCGUCCCGGCCAAGACACCUUUGGCAGCCUUCCUCUCCUUCAAACAAGAAACGGAAAAGAAGAGAGUUUCCAGCGUCCACACCGAGACAGGGGAAAAGGUGUUCGAGUCUCCUUUGGUGGCUGUGAUGUCUCAUCUACUCAGCUUCCUGGAGCAGUACUCCCAUCUGCAACAGCUGCAGCAGCAGGCCGAGCAGUACCGCAUGCAGCUGUGCAGACAUCGUGUGCAGCACCGGCGAAAAAUGAAAGCCCUGCGCAGCUCCUACAGGCAGCGCCUCCGUGACAAGAGGAGCGUCAUUCACAGCCUGGAGGAGGCCAUUGCUCAGCAGCAGACCCCUUCACCUGAUAACGAGUGUGUGUGUGUGUGUGUAGCAGGAUCUCCGGGCCUGCAUAAGCUGGUGCAGUCUCUGUGCGGCCUGCAAGGAGAGAGGAGUCUGCUGCGAGGCGAGCUGCGUCUCCUCCACUCACAACUUGAGCAGAGAGAGCAGGACCGCCACUCCAAAGUACAAGCCUUCCAACAGCAGAUCGAUGAGCUGAAGAGCUGCAUUGAGGAGCGAGAAGAAGAGAUAUCCAAACUCCGCAUUGCAUCUGGAGCAACAGACUCAGAAAAGCGUGUGCUGUGCUUGUCAGCUGAGAAUGAGAGUCUGAAACAGAGCCUGUCAGUGACUCAGGGUCUCCUGCAGCAGCUGUCCAUCAUCCCGUCUCAGUCCAGCUCACUGCUCAUUAAGGAGAAUGAGAACCUGCGCAGCCGCGUUCUGCAGCUGGAAAGCACUCUGCAGCAGCGGGUUGAGCAGCUUUCACACCUGGAGCGCCAGAGCGAGCAGGACAAGUGGUGCAGGGGAGAGGAGCUCCGGAGACAAGAUGAGAGAGUGAAAGAGCUUCAGCUCGAGCUGGACAAGGAACGCAGCAAGGAGCCUAUAGUGAAAUAUGUCACUCAGACGGUGGAAGUGGAGUUGCCUUCAACUGUGAGGCAACUCACUGAGACCAGGCAGAAAAACGAACAGCUAAAACACAGGUUGUCCAGUCAAAAAGAACGAUGCAAACAGCUGGAGGAGAAAAUCAGGCUCUCUGAUGAAGUUAGCUGCAAUCUUCAGCAUAAGAUUGCUGCAUAUGAGAGAGAGAUUGGGACUCUACAGGCAGAGCUGAUGAAGGAGAUCGAGCAUCUGGAGGAAAAAAAAGAUGAGGCUGUGAAAGCUGCUGCAAACUGUUCACAGGAGCAGUUUCAGAGCCUGCAGGAUCAAUUCAUGACUCUACAGCAGCGGCUGAAUGCUCUCCCUCCCACCCUGCGCUCUAUGAAGACAGACUAUGCCAGCCUGCGCAGUCAGGUCCGCAAUUUUGCUGACUUUUAUGGAUCAGCCAUCAAGGAGGCGAAACAUCAGAUUUCAGCAGCAGUAAAUGAAAUGUCCGAGGCCAAUAAGGACCUUCUGGAGAAAUACAGGAAAGAGGUUGCCCUUCGCAGGAAAUACCACGAGCAGUUGGUAGAGCUGAAAGGCAACAUCCGUGUCCUGUGCCGUGUGAAACCAGUCCUAAAAGAGGACCAGCAUGACGAAUGCCAGGCCGUCGCUGUGACCACGGACCCACACAAUGAAUCUGCUCUCACUGUCCUGAGUAAGGGCAAAGCAAAGACCUUUGAAUUGGACAAAGUCUUUCACCCUCAGGCUACUCAAGAGGAGGUGUUCCAAGAAAUCGAGCCCCUGAUCACCUCCUGCAUAGAUGGCUAUCAUGUCUGCAUCUUUGCUUACGGCCAGACAGGCUCAGGGAAGACCUACACCAUGGAGGGUCCUGUGGAGAACCCAGGCAUCAACCAGCGAGCCCUGAAGCACCUUUUCAAUGAGAUCGAGGAAAGGAAAGACAUGUGGACCUACAUGGUCAAUGUCAGUUCAGUGGAGAUCUACAAUGAGGUUCUCAGAGACCUGCUGAGUAAAGAUGGAGAGAAGCUGGACAUCAAAAUCAAUCCCGAUGGCACAGGUCAGCUACAUGUGCCUGGUCUCAGGAUCAAAGAAGUCAAAAACUUUCAGCAUAUCAAAAAAAUUCUGGCAACAGCGCGGAGACACAGGAUAACAUUUGGAACACAAAUGAACCAGCACAGCUCUCGUUCACAUGCUCUGCUCUCCAUCACAGUGCAGGGAACAGACCUCGCCACUGGCACCAAAACCACUGGUAAGCUGAAUCUGGUGGACCUGGCUGGUUCGGAGCGUGUGUCCAAGUCAGGUGCAGAGGGUGAGCGGCUGAAGGAGGCCCAGAACAUCAAUCGCUCAUUGCUGGCACUGGGAGACGUGAUCCAGGCCCUGAGGGGCCGCCACACUUACAUCCCCUUCAGGAACUCACGCCUCACAUAUCUGCUGCAGGACUCACUGGGCAAGGGCAACAAAACAGCCAUGGUGGUGCAGAUUUCCUCACUGGAGAGGAAUGUUGAAGAGACCCUGUGCUCGCUGAAGUUCGCGCAGCGUGUGUGUAAAGUGGAGCUGGGCCCUGCUGCACGCAAGAUUGAAAGUGGAGGCCAUUGUGAAAACUACUCCUAAAGCUAACUGCACCUGCACACUUCUGCAACUAGAAAUCCAGGAUGGUUUGUAUUUUUGCUUUGUCUGAGAUUUCUAAUGAGACUUCCAUUUUAUUUUAAGGGCUAUGGUUCGGGAAGCCACACAAGUAGCAUCUAUUUCUUACUGCUCAGUAUUCUCAAGAGCCAUGGUUAAUACCUGAUAGCAUGAACAGCAGUGGCUCCUUUCUCCAGGCUGUGCAGCAUGUCCGAGUGCAAUAUGCAGAAUGCACUUUUACCAGAUACUAGAAAAUCACACCGUCCUGCUUGAUAAAGGACAUUUUAUUGAUCGGACACUCUUGGGUGCAUCAAAAAAAAAAUAAAAGGUCAUUACAGUUUAUCCACUAUAACGACUGUAUUGUCACUUUCUAGGUUUCCGCCAUCACUUCCUCACUCGUCUGGAUGCUGCUGUAAUGACCCUUUUAGACAUUUUCAGGUUAAUGAUGUGACGUGUGUCAGUAGCUGAUCUACACGGAGAAGAUUAAGAGCUUUUGUGAUUAUGUAACUGUAUGACGCUAGUUUUUGUGUUCACUCCAUUAUAUCUGUGUGCUGAGGAGCAGUCAUGGUAGAUUGUCAAAUGUGUGGCAGUCUGGGAAACCUAUCAGGCAUUGCUGUGGAAGAACAGGAACUCGGCCUUUGACUUGGCCACUACAAAAAUUGUCUUGGAUCAUUGUCUUGCUGCAUAAUCCAGUUGCGCUUGAGUUUCAACUUAUGGACUGAAGACCAGAUAUUCUCCUUUAGGAUUUUCUGGUAGAGAGCAGAAUUCAUGUUUCUCUGAAUUAUUGCAAGUUGCCCAGGCCCUGAAGCAGCAAAGCACCCCCACACCAUCACACUACCACCACCUUGGUUGACCAUAGGUAUGAUAUGACCAUAGGUUCCACUUUCGACUCAUUAAUCCACAGGAAAUUCUCCCAUAAGGUUUGAGGAUCAUCAAGGUGUGUUUUGGCAAAAUUCAGAUCAGCCUUAAUGAUCUUCUUGGUUAGCAGUGCUUUUCACCUCACUACUCUUCCAUUCAUGGAAGUGUAUUUCUGAUAGUGGAGUCAUGAACAGUGACUUAUUGAUGCAAGAGAGGCCUGUAGGUCCUUUGAUGUUGUCCUUGGCUCUUUUGCGACUUCCUGGCAGUCACAAGUAGUUGCUGUGAGUAGUUGCUUUGCUCUUGGAGGACUUUUGGAAUUUCGGCCACUU